AGUCCUUUCUGCCCAGCAGCUUGAAGGAGUCUGAGAUAUCUGGAAGUACAAAGGAUUGGAGUGGAGAGGAGCGAGGAGAGACACGCCUUGUCUGUUGUCCUGCAGUUUGUUCCUCGUGAUAGCAAUUGUUAGUUUAAAAAGUUCUCAACUCAAGGAUAUCACUCACAGCUGUGUUUGCCUUUCACUCUCUCUCUCUCUCACUCUACUUUAAGUAUUUGUCUUCACUCUGGAAGAAAAUGACUGUCAAAGCAACGGGCAACUUUCACCGUUUGGUCUUAGAAGUGACUUUAUUGUGCAUCGUCGCGGUCCGGCAGACGGCAGCAGCACCCACUGGCAUCGUCAGCUUUCCAGGUGAUAACAGCACGAAAACAGACAAGGAGCUGGCCACAAUAUACUUGAACAAGUUCUAUGGCUGUCCAAAGGAGAGGUGUGACCUUGUGGUGCUGUCCGACACACUGAAGAAAAUGCAAAAAUUCUUUGGAUUGCGUCAAACUGGAAAGCUGGAUUCUGACACGGUCAACAUGAUGAAAAAGCCACGAUGUGGAGUUCCUGAUUUAGCCAAUUACAACUUCUUCCCACAGAAGCCAAAAUGGGAAAACAAUAAAAUAACUUACAGGAUUUUGGGCUACACGCACGACCUGGACCAAGAGACGGUGGAUGAUGCCUUUGUCAGGGCUUUUCAGGUGUGGAGCAACUUCACUCCGCUGAAAUUUUCCAGGAUCCAAGAUGGCGAUGCCGACAUCAUGAUCAACUUUGGGCGCUGGGAACAUGGCGAUGGAUACCCAUUCGACGGCAAGGACGGGCUGCUGGCACACGCCUUUGCCCCGGCAAAGGGACUUGGGGGAGAUUCGCACUUUGAUGACGAUGAGUUUUGGACGCUGGGCGACGGGCCAGUUAUUAAAGCAAGAUUUGGGAAUGCUGAAGGUGCUUUUUGCAAAUUUCCUUUCUUGUUCAAUGGGAAGGAAUACGACAGCUGUACAACGGCGGGCCGCAGUGAUGGAUUCCCCUGGUGUUCCACCACUUAUGAUUUUGACACCGAUUCAAAAUACGGAUUCUGCCCCCAUGAAUCACUAUUCACCAUGGGCGGCAACAGUGAUGGGGUGCCCUGCGCGUUUCCAUUUACCUUUGACGGCAAGGAGUUUAACAGCUGUACGACUGAAGGGAGAAGUGAUGGUUAUCGAUGGUGCAGUACGACCAGCAACUAUGAUACAGAAAGAAAAUAUGGCUUUUGCCCGGAACAAGCCUCGGCAACUAUCGGGGGGAAUUCAGAUGGUGCACCCUGUGUGUUUCCUUUUGUUUUCCUUCGGAAUACCUUUGACUCUUGCACCACAAAUGGGCGUAACGAUGGAAAGAUGUGGUGCGCCACCACCGGGAGUUUUGAUGAUGACAGCAAGUGGGGAUUCUGCCCUGACAGUGGUUACAGUCUCUUCCUUGUCGCUGCUCAUGAGUUUGGCCACGCACUCGGCUUGGAGCAUUCCCAAGAUCCGGGGGCAUUAAUGGCUCCAAUUUACACCUUUACAAGAAACUUUAGGCUGUCGCAAGAUGAUAUUUCCGGCAUUCAGAAACUCUACGGUGCUCCAACUGGUAAGCCUUUGCCACCAACACAGGGUCCAGUUACGCCAAUGGAUCUUUGUAAGGAGAACUUGGUCUUUGAUGCAAUUAUGUACAUGAGAGGAGAAAUGUUCUUCUUUAAAGAUCGAUUCUUCUGGAGGAGCACAAAUCCUCGGAGCAAACCCAGCGGACCGAAUCUCGUUGUUAUCUACUGGGUUGACCUACCUGAUACAAUUGACGCUGCCUAUGAGGACCCUAUUCAGGAAAAGAAUAUAUUCUUUGCAGGUGAUCAGUACUGGAUUUACACUGCCAGCGAACUGGACAAGGGAUACCCCAAGAAAAUAUCUACGCUCGGUCUUCCAAGUGACCUGCCACGAAUCGAUGCAGCUUUUAACUGGAAGAAAAACAAGAAGACCUAUUUAUUCGCAGGUGACAAAUUCUGGAGAUACAAUGAAGCAAAGAAGAAAAUGGAUGUUGGAUUCCCUAAAUUAAUUGCAGAUGCCUGGAGUGGGAUCCCAAAUAACGUGGGUUCUGCCCUAGAGUCUCUUGGAAACGGAUACAGCUACUUCUUCAAGGAUUGGUACUAUCUCAAAUUGGAAGAUGAAAGCUUGAAGAUUGUCAAAGUAGGGAAUGUGAAAAAUGACUGGCUUGGUUGUUAGGGUAAACUUGUUCCCAAUCAUUGAUGGUAUUUUCUUUCAAACAAUCGAAAGUCUUAGCUGUACAUUAUCGUUAAAAUGGCAGGUACAGUUUUGUCUUACAGAUGCAAAUUCCAUCUUGGAAUUUUAUACCAAGACCAACUACAACAGUAUUAUAUCCAGCUUUGGUAUUGGAACAAUAGUUUUUGCUUCAGUCAUUUCAUUAUUCAUUGAUAUGGUAAAAAAUGGUGUAGGCACAGGUUGCCUCUGGUAUUGAUUUGUGUAGUGUAAUGGAAAAAUAAUGAGAAACUAUUAUUUAAGAAAUUGAAAAUGCUUUCUGUACUUCACAAUUUUUUAAACACAAGCUAUAUUCGUAUUAACUUUUUUUUCUUUUAAGAUAUAGGAAAUGCUUUAAGCAAAUCCAAAUGAGUUUUUCAUGUCUUGAAAUAUGAAAUAUUUGGCUAUGUAAUAUGUUAAACAUGAAAAUGAUCAAUUAGCAAUCAGAAGACGACUGAGAUUAAUUUUUUUGGGAGAAAAUAUGACAGAUAGAUGAAAACGAUCCAAAAAUCAGGUUAGAACAACAAAAUGCUGGAGUAACUCAGCAGGUCAGGCAGCAUCCCUGGAGAACAUGGAUAGGUGAAGUUUUGUGUGGAGAUCGUCCUGUCUGAAAAAGGGUCCAAUCAUGAAACAUCACCUAUCAAUGUUUUCCAGGUAUGCUGCCUGACUCGCUGUGUUACUCCAGCACUUUGCAUCUUUUCUUGUUAAACCAGCAUCUGCAGUUCCUUGUUUCUACAAAAAUCAGGUUGCAUUUGCUUAAUAAUGCACAACAGUAUCAAUUUAAUUACAUGAACUGAAUAAAAUCUUUUUUGAAGAGUAUACUUAGCAAAAGCUAUAUGCUCAAAUCUGAUUACAAAUAAAAUCUCGUAAGAAACACAGGUUUAAUUUUUUAGCUUAGGGAUACAGCGCGGAAACAGGCCCUUUGGCCCACCAAGUCCGUACUGACUAGCGAUUCCCGCACAUUAACACUAUCCUAUGCAUACUGAGGACAAUUUACACUUUUUCUUCUUCUUGCCUAUGGCGUGUUGUAGAUCAAGGGUAGACAUCCAGGCCAGGACAGCAUCAGUUAAUGGGUGGAUGGCUUUGAUGGCCCCAGGGAAAAGCCUCAAUGAGAAGUAAUUUGCAAGCAGGGCUGUCUGUCAUCUCCCACUCAUGCAGGUGAUCGGCUGGCUGUUCUUGCAUGGAGGGUGCAGAUUCUGUUCACGGUUAGCCAUUGCUUGUGAUGGAGGUGAAAACCCGGUGGUUUCACUGUGGGGUCUGUGAUGACCUCUCCAUUGUUGGUGUUGGCAUCUUUCCCGGCUCCGCGCCACUCAAACUUGGAGUCAAAGUCUUCCAGGGAUUUAACGGAAGACCAGAAGGGUUUGUGGGAGAUUGCAACCUUCACUUGGUCCUCCCUGUUUCGACUGAUGCAAUCAACCCAACAUGCACAGACAAAUUUAUACUUAUACCAAGUCAAUUAAACUACAAACCUGUACGUCUUUGGAGUGUGGGAGGAAACCGAAGAUAUCAGAGAAACCCGCGGUCACAGGGAGAACUUACAUACUCCGUACAGGCAGCACCUGUAGCCAGUAACGAACCCAGGUCUCUGGUGCUGCAAGAGCUGUAAGGCAGCAACUCUACCAUUGCGCCACCAUGCCGCCCUUUCAAUAUUUUGGUAUUUUGCAUUGCAAUGUUAAAUGAAUCUGCAGACGAUCUAUGAUUUUUGGAAUUAUUCUUGUAUUAAUUCAGUUUUUCGUCCGCUGAAAUGUGAUAUUCAAUAAAGUUAUCUUAAAGAA